GUUUGUUGGGGUGUGAGCUGAUUCGAAGAAAGUUUAAGAAGAAUCCAACAAAAGACCAAAUAUUUAUGAAUGUUACAAGAAUGCACAUUGCCAGUCACACAUCAAAAGGUGAGCCAAUAUGCGACAACAAAAUCCAUCCAAGAGCUGAGGAGACAGGCGACUGAAGCAGAGUUUGUUGGGGGGCAUUGCUAAUAUUGGAAAAAAUACUGGUGUUAAAGCUUGUGAAAAUCUCGACAGUUUCAGUGAAGUAUUUAAUAAAUUGAUGUGAUAAGUAGCUCACCGAGGAAGAAUGGAGGAAACAGGACUUUCAGAGGGCAAUUUUAGCCAGUUGUUGGUGGAUUUUUCAAGAUGGUAUGAUGGACUUGGAUACAUCAAUAUGCUGAAAGUUCUGUACACAGAUCAUGUGCCAAUUUAUACUGAUUUAAUUGGAGCUACUAAGGUGAUGCCCUUGCUGCAAAAGUUAAUUGGUUCAGGGAAUUUGAGUUCAACAAAUCUCGGUAUCUUGUACGAUACAAUAAAAGUAACUGGGCAAUUUGGCUUCAAAUCCAAAGUUGUACUUCAACCUUUACAAAGACUUGAGGAACAUGAAGUGUCUAAAUUCACACGAUACAGACAAUUUCUGCUAAAACUAGGAAUGAAACUGACUAGAGAAGAUAUAGACAUGCUUGAUGCACGACAUAAUGACAUGCCUUUGUUAAAAGAUUAUAAAGACAGCUGGCAUUUGAUUCUGGAUCUAGAGCAAAGGAAGGAGCUUUGUGAAGAAAACAUUGGAAAUUUCAUUGAAGGAUUACCAAGUUACUUGGCAGUGAAAUCUUUACUUGAAGAUAACCGAGAUGUAUCAACAUCAAAACGACCAAUGAUAAAUGAAGGUAUUGAAGAACCAUCAACAUCAAAACGACCAAAGUUAAAUGAAAGUAAUGAAGAACCAUCAACAUCAAAACAACCAAAAUCAAAUGAAG